AUGAGGAUGCAUAACCAGCUCAAUAAAAUCGAAGAUAGGCAAGCUUUGGCAAAAAAUUUAGAAAAUGUUGUUGCCAUCAUGCUCCUGCUUACAGACAGCUCUACCAAAAUACCUUAAUUCAAUUAUACAUUCACAUAUGGAAAUCAGACUUAUUAGACUACUUCUACCCAGAAUAAGAAUAACACUAUUCCAAGCCUUGGUAGUUUUAGUUUCUCUUUAUGGGAAGUAUCUGCAAAUUCAGUAUUCGUCAUUCCAGUAAAUUCUAUUUUGAUAGCAGCUGGACUUCGGUUAUUGUUCUGCAAAAUUCAACUGGAAGCUAUGAAGAUCUCCCUUAUUGCAAUUUUAUUUUUACUCUAUGUUACUUCUAUGAUUGGAAUGACUCUUUAUGCAAGUUAAACAAAUCAAGAUUUAUUCAAGCAAAAUUUUUUCCUUUAGUAUAUAAUUUUGACCAUUUCUUUGGUUCUUGGAUUUUUAACUGAAAUUAUUGCAAUAUUGAUGAUGGCAUAUUAUUUCAUGAAGGUCCUCUAAGUCCAGAUAAAAAAGAUAUCUCAUUUAUACUUAGUUGAGCAGCAUGAAAACUAUCUCAAAUUAAAAAAUAAAAGUAUUGAUGCUUCGUAAUAAAGUCAAAGGAUAAUUGAAAAUGCCAAUGGUCAAGCAGUGACAGGUAUCGUAAAUGCAUUGAAUAGCAACUAGAAUCUAAUCAAUAAUUCAGUUUCUGAUAUCAAUAUGAUGGAUAAUAGUCAAAUAGAGUUAAAUUUGUCAUCCGACUAGAGAAUGCAUAAUGGCAUAAGAAGUAUACGUGAGAGUUUCAAUUCAUCAAGAAAUUCUUAGCUGUCAGGGAGAAAUCCUCAAAGGAGAGAAGGAGUAAGGUAAUCUAUCAGACCAAGUAGAAGUCAUAGAAGCAAUUAAAGCAGUCGAUCAAACAGUUCCCAAAUCAGGUCUGGCAUUGGUAUUGGACGAAAUAUUAUUAAUGGCAUUAGAGGUAUAUCAAUAUUUUCCCCAGGUAAUCAACCAGGUACUACAAUGAGUAACCCUGCAGCAAGAACUUCAGUUAACAAUAGAUCUAAUCCGAGUACUUUUACAUUUAUUGAUUAGAGGCAAAUACGAGGAUAUAGUCCUAACCAAAGAAAUUAAAGUGGGCUAAACAGGAAUGGUUUAUCCCUUAACAGUAAUCUAUCUCAAACAGGAAGCGAAAGCUCUUCUAACUAUGCUUUGAGAUGCUCAAUUUGCACUAUCAGACUUAUUAGCAAUAUUAUUAAAAUUCAGGGUUGUAAUCAUAUGUAUCAUAAGAAUUGUCUCGUUUAAUGGAGAGUUAUGAAUCAGGAUUCAUAUCCUAGUCCAAGGAGACUGUAGUAAGCUUGCCCUACAUGCAUUAGAAAUUCAUAAGAGAAUAACUACAACUAGUAUUGA